AUGAGUAAAAUUUCAGAUACUGCAUUGCAUAAUUCUGACUAUGAGAUAAAGGAACAAGAUAGGUUUUUGCCUAUUGCAAAUGUUGGAAGAGUGAUGAAGAAAGCGUUGCCACCACAUGCAAAACUAUCAAAAGAAUCAAAAGAAUGCAUCCAAGAGUGUGUUUCGGAGUUUAUUUCGUUCAUAACAAGUCAUGCUUCAGAUAGAGGUCGCUUAGAAAAGAGAAAAACACUCAACGGAGAAGACAUACUAUGGUCGAUGUAUAUACUAGGAUUCGAGAAUUAUUCAGAAACAUUGAAAAUAUACUUAGCCAAGUAUAGACAAGUAUGUAUUUUUAUUCAUUCCGUUUUCAUACGUGAAGCCAUUACUAAGACUUUAGUUUGA